AUGAGCUCAGUCUGCAUAUCAAACUGUGUCAACGAUACACGAGACCCCCGCGUGCCUGUACGUGCCACCUAUGUGAACCUCUACAAGUGGCCGGAAUCCGAUGCAGAGUUCAUAAAGUCUGUCCAGCGAGUAAGGCAGGGUUUGCAAGGCCAAACAAGGGUGGUGGACAGCAUAUCCUGCAGGCAAAUGUAUGUUAGGAGCUACACGUUCUCAAGGAAGGAGAGUGUGCCAGAGAAGACGAAGAAAUUCUUGGGUAGAGUGAAAGAGAAGGUGGCUAAUCAUGGAAAGAAGAAACAAGAAGAGGGCCGGAUAAGGAAGUGUUUGGUGUUUAGGAAAGUGAAAGAAUUUUAUUGCGGUGCUUUGUUUAGGAUCUUUCACAGGUUAUUGUCUUGUGGUGCUAGUGUAGAUGUGGUUGAUCAAAAAGAUUUACAUUAA